AUGAAGAGUGUGUACCUGAUUGUUUGGUUCCCUGGUGGAAGUUCAAGUGGCAUUAAGGGACAGCCGUCUUGGAGUAACCCCUUAUGUGACAGUCACUCAAGGAAUGCUUGUGCCUACGAGUUAGGUAAACUUGGCAUUCGACAGGGAUCCUGUGUGGAAAUUCCAAAGUGCCAUAGAUGGAAUAUUAUUGAGGAAGAACUUCGAUUUCUCCGGGAAAAGGCGGAGCACCUGAAUCUGAACAAUGCUGCCCAGUUGAAUGGUGGAAACAUCAAUCUUGGGGAGGGGAAAAUGGGAAAUGACAUCAAUAGUCUGAUGGGUCUUGCUGGUUUUCAUGGAAAUGGGGCUAAUAAUGGCAAUCUCAGUGGUAUGGGAGGAGGAGGGUUUCAAGUCCAAGCAAACAACGAUUUCCAUGGUACUGCUGUUGUUUCCGCAGGAAUUCCCAAUGGUGAAAUCCCCAUUCUACUUGAACACUUGCUCAAUCAUGACAACACAUUCAGAGAUCCAACAAAAAUCAAAGAAAUCAACUCACCAGAAGGCCAGAUCGUUCCAGAUGAUUCGAUUGAAGUGCGCCCUAAAUCCUUUCGUCCAAGUCACCAAAUGUUCAGUGUCCUUCCUCUUUUCCGAAUGUUCCUUUAUCAAGAGAGGACUGAGUGUGCAGAUCUUGAUCUGGACUCAGCGAUGGUGGAGCUCCUGUGGAGUGAGGAUUUUGGCGCAAAAAUGGCAGUCGUUGAUGAGGUAGCUAGCCGGGGAGGUCUCGAUAGAAAAAGGUGGCAAAUAUCGGCUUAUCUAAAUUGUCUAGCAGGAUACGUAGUCUGUUGGAGCUGA